AUGGCGGAUGUUAUGAGGUACUGUUCGUGUUGUGUUCGCUUAAAAUACACCCCUGAUGAAGCGGAGCAACGCCGUCGGAGCAAAAAAAUUGACAGAAUGCUUCGAAGGGACAAAACUGUUAUGAGGAGACAAGUCAAACUGUUGUUGCUGGGUGCUGGCGAAAGUGGUAAAAGCACAUUUCUCAAACAAAUGAAAAUAAUCCACGGUGACAACUUCGACAGUGAUUCGGUAGCUAAAUAUAAGGCAACAAUAUACCAAAACACAAUUAAAGGGAUGAAAGUGCUUGUCGACGCUCGAUCGAAGCUUGGAAUUCCGUGGCAAAAUUCUGACAGUUUAGAAUACGCUGAUCACGUUCUCAUGUACGAAAAUAGAAUGAUGCUCGAUCUGAAGACGUUUCAAGAUUUAGCGUAUUCUGUGCAAGAACUUUGGAAGGAUGAAGCUAUAAAAAGUGCUUAUAACCGGAGAAGGGAGUUCCAGCUCGGUGACAAUGUACGAUAUUUUUUCGAAAAUCUGAGCAGAAUAGCUAGUCCAGGUUACAUACCAUCCAAUUUAGAUAUCCUUCAUGCAAGGGCAGCAACAAAGACAAUAAAUGAAUAUCUGGUCAUCAUCAACAAUAUCCCUUUUCGGUUUGUCGAUGUUGGAGGACAGCGUUCUCAACGCCAAAAGUGGGUUCAAUGUUUCGAAGACGUUACAUCAAUUAUAUUUCUUGUUUCUUCGUCUGAAUUUGAUCAGGUUUUGUUAGAGGACAGAGCAACUAAUCGCAUAAUGGAGUCAAAAAAUAUUUUUGAGACUAUUAUAAACCACCGUUGUUUUUCUGAAGUCUCUGUGAUUUUAUUCAUGAACAAAACGGAUUUGCUCGAGGAAAAACUCGCUCGAGAAGAUGUAGAUAUCAAGCAGUAUUUUCCAGAGUUUGAAGGCAAUCCUCAUGACAUGGAAACUGUGCAGAUGUUUUUUGUUAAUAUGUUUGAUAAUAUCAGGAGAGAUCGCAAGAAGCCGUUUUAUUAUCAUUUUACAACAGCUAUCAAUACAGAAAACAUCAAAGUUGUUUUCAGUGCAGUCAAGGAUACAAUAUUGCAAAAAAAUAUCAAUCAGCUAAUGUUGCAAUAA